AUGCAGGCUGCACCUAGACAACCUUCCAUUUCCAGGAAUGAGACUGCACUGGAGAUGAUCUUGUUUCCACUCUGGCGGCAAUACACACUUCAUUUGCUAGAAGCAGCAUGUUGGGCUCGUGUUCCCGUUGCAUGUUAUCAACAGAAAACUCAUCCAUCUAGUAUAGCCCAUGCGCCAGAUAGAGUUACCCAAGGGCUACAUAGCUUAGCUGCUGUAAUUGCCCAUGCAUAUUGCGCAUAUCGUUGUCUUCAUCAUACAAGGUAUCCCUUCCUCGCCGCGUAUCUCAUCAACGGCGCAGCAAGCAGCAGCAAACCCUGUUCUCAUGAGGCAUUUUUGCAAUUGGCUAGAAUGCGGUGCGUAAGAGCAAAGCUAACGCAAAAGACACCGGGGACCGGGGGACCGGCAAUAUUGAUGUGUCGCCGUCAUGUUCUAGAUGAUGCGAUGUCCAAGAGACGAAGCUGGAAUAAACUCAUUCUCGUAACCCCAACCAAUGAAAUAGUAUUGAAAGAGAGAUCUGCAAUCAGAAUAGGUGUAAACAUCGAGAAUGGAGCAGUAAAUCAAGAAUUCUGCUUGAAGUGGGUUGUACCGUCGAAAUUUUCAGCUGCGGCGCGACCGAUAGGUGGGUAA